AUGUCCCAGGAGGACCCCAGCAAGACUAGCGGUCACUAAGGUGUCAGUUAACGGGGAUUCAAAUCCAUAAUAAUGAAGGCCAACCAAUGCUUGAACCCCUCUCUGAUUCAGAGGGGUUGGGUUAAAUGCGGAAGACACAUUUCGGUUUAACACAUUCAGUUGUGCAACUGACUAGGUAUCCCAUUUCCUAUUGAAGAUUUAAUCACAGGGCUCAAACUCAUUCCAUGGAGGGCCGAAUGUGUCUGUGCGUUUUCACUCCUCCCUUGUACUUGAAUUCUCCUUAUCUGGUUGUCUAGGUCUUAAUUUGUUAGUUAGGAACUCCCCUCACCUGGUUGUCUAGGUCUUCAUUGAUUAGUUAGGAACUCCACUCACCUGGUUGUCUAGGUCUUCAGUGAUUAGUUAGGAACUCCCCUCACCUGGUUGUCUAGGUCUUCAUUGAUUAGUUAGGAACUCCACUCACCUGGUUGUCUAGGUCUUCAGUGAUUAGUUAGGAACUCCCCUCACCUGGUUGUCUAGGUCUUCAUUGAUUAGUUAGGAAUUCCCCUCACCUGGUUGUCUAGGUCUUCAUUGAUUAGUUAGGAACUCCCCUCACUUAGUUGUCUAGGUCUUCAUUGAUUAGUUAGGAACUCCCCUCACCUGGUUGUCUAGGUCUUCAUUGAUUAGUUAGGAACUCCCCCUCACCUGGUUGUCUAGGUCUUCAUUGAUUAGUUAGGAACUCCCCUCACCUGGUUGUCUAGGUCUUCAUUGAUUAGUUAGGAACUCCCCUCACCUGGUUGUCUAGGUCUUCAUUGAUUAGUUAGGAACUCCCCUCACCUGGUUGUCUAGGUCUUCAUUGGAAACAAUUUGAAAGGAAAUAACAAAACCAGCAGCCACUGGGCCCACCAUGGAAUGAGUUGGACACCCCUGGAAUAAAUGAAGGAAUAAACCAGUGAAUUAAAGCCAGGGUUUGGGGUCUCUCCUCUCCACUCCAGCCAUAUAAUAUGCCAUAUGAUCUGCACUAUACACAUAGAUAAAACAAAUAUGAGUGAGGAAUAUGUUUCAUUUAUAAAGUCAGUAUGAAUUCAGUGAACUAAAGCCAAUGUUUUGGGUCUCUCCAUUCCAGCCAAGUUCUGUGGAGACCCUGGUACCCCAGCCAAGGGGAAAAGAGAAGGACGUAGUUUAAUCUACAAGUCAGAGGUUACGUUCAGCUGUAGCGCCCCCUAUGUCCUGGUGGGGUCAACUACACGCAUCUGUCAGGACGACAGCAUCUGGAGCGGCUCUCAGCCACGAUGCAUAGGUAGGUAACAACAUCAUACUGUCACAGCUACGGUCUAUAGGUAACAACAUCAUACUGUAACAGCUACGGUCUAUAGGUAACAACAUCAUACUGUCACAGCUACGAUCUAUAGGUAACAACAUCAUACUGUAACAGCUACGGUCUAUAGGUAACAACAUCAUACUGUCACAGCUACGAUCUAUAGGUAACAACAUCAUACUGUCACAGCUACGGUCUAUAGGUAACAACAUCAUACUGUCACAGCUAUGAUCUAUAGGUAACAACAUCAUACUGUCACAGCUACGAUCUAUAGGUAACAACAUCAUACUGUAACAGCUAUGGUCUAUAGGUAACAACAUCAUACUGUCACAGCUACGGUCUAUAGGUAACAACAUCAUACUGUAACAGCUACGGUCUAUAGGUAACAACAUCAUACUGUCACAGCUACGAUCUAUAGGUAACAACAUCAUACUGUCACAGCUACGAUCUAUAGGUAACAACAUCAUACUGUCACAGCUACGGUCUAUAGGUAACAACAUCAUACAGUAACAGCUACAAUCUAUAGUUAACAACAUCGUACUGUCACAGCUAUGGUCUAUAGGUAACAACAUCAUACUGUCACAGCUACGGUCUAUAGGUAACAACAUCAUACUGUAACAGCUACGAUAUAUAGGUAACAACAUUCAUACUGUCACAGCUACGGUCUAUAGGUAACAACAUCAUACUGUAACAGCUACGGUCUAUUUGUACAACACCAAUCAAUGUUGCAAAAUGUCACUGGCACAGUUAUCAUAGUUACCAGUAAUGACAGAGUAAUCAUCAUCAUUAUCAAGGUGGACUAGUUGGGUAGCUGUUCUAAUAUCAUCAAUACCCCUCCAUGAUAUAUUAUCUGUCCAGUAAUGACAGAGUAAACCUCUUGGGCCCGAUUCAGACAGGAAAUGUACACCUUUCCUUGGCACGCCUUUCCUACACACUUCUCAAUAGUUGUUAUUCAGACUUACCUUAUGAAGGUGUGUAACCGGCUUUGCAGGUGUGGUUCCCUUGCGCGUGCUACAUACAUGUUAUUAAACUGCAGAAAACCCUCCCACUUUUUGCCCAACUGAUUUUCGCGUGGAGUUUUCAUUCAAUAGGGUUUUCAAUACAUUUAUCUAAACCAUCACUUUAAAUUUGGUGUACCUUUAAUUAUAAUUUUCUAGACAGACUCACUAGAAUAUAUGGCGAGAACGGUUCAGAAUAUUAGGGAUCAAUGAAAGAAAGGGAUGUAAAUACAUGUAUAUUUGUGUCCUUUUCAGCACCAAUUGGUAGAUUUAAAAAUACUCUGAUCUUUUAUAUUAUUUAGGGUUAGGAAAGUAGUUAUGAAUAAUCCAAAAAAUGAUUUGGAGAGCCUUUACGCACAAAAUACAGUGAGGGAAAAAAUGAUUUGAUCCCCUGCUGAUUUUGUACGUUUGCCCACUGACAAAGACAUGAUCAGUCUAUAAUUUUAAUGGUAGGUUUAUUUGAACAGUGAGACAGAAUAACAACAAAAAAGUCCAGAAAAACGCAUGUCAAAAAUGUUAUAAAUUGAUUUGCAUUUUAAUGAGGGAAAUAAGUAUUUGACCCCUCUGCAAAACAUGACUUAGUACUUGGUGGCAAAACCCUUGUUGGCAAUCACAGAGGUCAGACGUUUCUUGUAGUUGGCCACCAGGUUUGCACACAUCUCAGGAGGGAUUUUGUUCCACUCCUCUUUGCAGAUCUUCUUCAAGUCAUUAAGGUUUUGAGGCUGACGUUUGGCAACUCGAACCUUCAGCUCCCUCCACAGAUUUUCUAUGGGAUUAUGGUCUGGAGACUGGCUAGGCCACUCCAGGACCUUAAUGUGCUUCUUCUUGAGCCACUCCUUUGUUGCCUUUGCCGUGUGUUUUGGUUCAUUGUCAUGCUGGAAUACCCAUCCACGACCCAUUUUCAAUACCCUGGCUGAGGGAAGGAGGUUCUCACCCAAGAUUUGACGGUACAUGGCCCCGUCCAUCGUCUCUUUGAUGCGCUGAAGUUGUCCUGUCCCCUUAGCAGAAAAACACUACCAAAGCAUAAUGUUUCCACCUCCAUGUUUGACGGUGGGGAUGGUGUUCUUGGGGUCAUAGGCAGCAUUCCUCCUCCUCCAAACAUGGCGAGUUGAGUUGAUGCUAAAGAGCUCGAUUUUGGUCUCAUCUGACCACAACACUUUCACCCAGUUCUCCUCUGAAUCAUUCAGAUGUUCAUUGGCAAACUUCAGACGGCCCUGUAUAUGUGCUUUCUUGAGCAGGGGGACCUUACGGGACGCUGCAGGAUUUCAGUCCUUCACGGCGUAGUGUGUUACCAAUUGUUUUCUUGGUGACUAUGGUCCCAGCUGCCUUGAGAUCAUUGACAAGAUCCUCCCGUGUAGUUCUGGGCUGAUUCCUCACCGUUCUCAUGAUCAUUGCAACUCCACGAGGUGAGAUCUUGCAUGAGCCCCAGGCCGAGGGAGAUUGACAGUUCAAUCUAUGCUUCCGUAGAUAUGACAGACUCAUCAUCAUAAUAAUAACCCAGGGUGAUUAUGAUCUAUGUCCUUCUAGAACCAUCCAGGACGACCUGUGAGAACCCAGGAACACCUGAAUACGGCUCCAUGAACAUCAGCCUGGGGUUCAAGGUACAGUAUAAAGGAAUGUUCUGUAUUAGAUAUCUUGAAAGUGGCAAUCUGGGAUUGGUACAUCCAUGGUUAAAACUAUCAUUUUAAUCCCAGUACAGUAUGUUGGACUCGGACCGUGCCUACUGUACCAACGAUCAUAGAGUUAGGUUUAAAACUGUCCUGUUCUGAGGGUGCAGUAUGUUAGACUGAGACCCUGUGUGAACUAACUGUACUGAAACUGUACGGAGAUGUGAUGAUAUGUGAAACCAUGGGAUCUUUUCAAAGGCAGUCCAGCCCAACAGCUGGAAGAUCUAAAUGUGUCUGGAUUGGAAUCAUCUUGUAUUCCUUUGGAUGAUUCUGUUGAGUGAUGUUAUAUUGGUGCAAGACAAGGGAUGGCAGGGUGAAAUACGUUUCAUCUCAGCAGGACAUACAGACACACACUUCCUUCAACUCUCUCUCUCUCUCUCUCUCUCUCUCUCUCUCUCUCUCUCUCUCUCUCCCUCUCUUUCUUUCUUUCUUUCUUUCUUUCUCUCUCUCUCUCUCUCUCUCUCUGUUAGACUUCAUUAGACUAAGCUAUAUUUCUGAGAACUCCUAAUAGACCAUUUGAUGUGUUCUACUGCCAUGCACAUUUACUUUGAUCUCUACACACAUUUCCAAUAGUGAUGCAAUUUGAUAAAAAAUGACUGUUGUGAAAUGACUUAUGCAGUUAACAGACAAUACUGUCUUUUGAGGUUAAUUAGACUUAACUGUCUUUUGAGGUUAAUUAGACUUAACUGUCUUUUGAGGUUAAUUAGACUUAAAGGUGCUUCACAUCUAAAAGUGAGGAAAUAUGUUAUUUAAGGAUGUAAGGAGAAGAGCUCUGGCUAGUAGUGGGAUUUCCAAUGUACACUACAUGACCUGCUCGUCGAACAUCUCAUUCCAAAAUCAUGGGCAUUAAUAUGGAGUUGGUCCCGUCUUUUGUUGCUAUAACAGCCUUCACUCUUCUGGGAAGCCUUUCCACUAGAUGUUGGAACAUUGCUGAGGGGACUUGCUUCCAUUCAACCAGAAGAGCAUUAGUGAGGUCGGGCACUGAUGUUGGGCAAUUAGGCCUGGCUCGAGGUCUGCGUUCCAAUUAAUCCCAAAGGUGUUCGAUGGGGUUGAGGUCAGGGCUUUGUGCAGGCCAGUCAAGUUCUUCCACACCGAUCUCGACAAAUCAUUUCUGCAUGGACCUUGCUUUGUGCAUGGGGGCAUUGUCAUGCUGAAACAGGAAAGGGCUUUCCCCAAACUGAUGCCACAAAGUUGGAAGCACAGAAUCAUCCAGAAUGUAAUUGUAUGCUGUAGCAUUAAUAUUUCCCUUCACUGGAACGAAGGGGCCUAGCCUGAACAAUGAAAAACAGCCCCAGACCAUCAUUCCUCCUCCACCAAACUUUACAGUUGGCACUAUGCAUUGGGGCUGGUAAUGUUCUCCUGGCAUCCGCCAAACCCUGAUUAGUCCGUCAUACUGCCAGAUGGUGAUUCAUCACUCCAGAGAACGCGUUUCAACUGCUCCAGUGUCCAAUGACGGCAAGCUUUGCACCACUCCAGCCGAUGCUUGGCAUUGCGCAUGGUGAUCUUAGGCUUGUGUGCGGCUGCUCAGCCUUGGAAACCCAUUUCAUGAAGCUCCCGACGAACAGUUCUUGUGCUGACGUUGCUUCCAGAGGCAGUUUGGAACUCGGUAGUGAGUAUUGCAACCGAGGACAGACAAUUUUUACGCGCUAUGCACUUCAGCACUCAGCGGUCCCAUUCUGUGAGCUUGUGUGGCCUACCACUUCUCGGCUGAGGCGUUGUUACUCCUACACUUACAGUUGACCGGGGCAUCUCCAGCAGGGCAGACAUUUGACGAACUGACUUGUUAGAAAGGUGGCAUCCUAUGAUGGUGCCAUGUUGAAAGUCACUGAGCUCUUCAGCAAGGCCAUUCUACUGCCAAUGUUUGUCUAUGGAGAUUGCAUGGAUGUGUGCUCGAUUUUAUACACCUGUCAGCAACGGAUGUGGCUGAUAUAGCCGAAUUCACUAAUUUGAAGGGAUGUCCACAUACUUUUGUAUAUAUAGAGUAUUUAUUACAAAUGGAAAAGAAACUGGAACUGGAACUUGAACUUCUGAGAGCUUAGAGCAAUACUCUUAGGAUGACUCCAGUUAAGUCUAAUUAACCCAAAAAGACAGUUAAGUUUAAUUAACCUGAAAAGAGAGUAACUUUCAGGUUACUGUUGGCUCCCAGCCAACCUCAAUUUGGCUCCCUUCCUCUCUGUCUAUCUGUAUCUGUUACCUCCGUUUAGUCAUGUCUGUCCCUUCCUCUCUGUCUAACUCUGUCUGUCACCACUUGUAAUACAUCUUACUCAUCAGAGCUCUUUUCCUCAUACAGAUGCCAUAUCCUAAUUUGAUCAUCCUGUUGUUGCAGGAAUUUGCACAGCAGGAAAUGCAUACCUGUAGUGUAUUUGAGGUUUAGAAAGGCUUCUAAAGUUUGUAAUUUCCAGUUUAAAAUUCUUACUGGAUUUGUCCUAAUGAAAAAUGGAUCAACCCCUACAGAAAAUGUCCAUUAAUUAUAGUCCAUAUAAUUAACAUUUCCUGCUUCUGCAAGAUUAUUUUCCUCCUGUAGCAAACUGGCUCAAAUUAAGAUCCUACAUUUGUAUCCUGAAAUAACAUAUUUCCUCUUAGAGAAACACCAUCAGUUUAGUCAUGGCCUGUCUGUCUUUCUGUCUGCCUGUCUGUCUGCAUGUCUGUCUGCCUGUAUCUCUCUCUGAUUCAGGUGGGCAGCAAGGAGGAGGUUAGUAAUAUCGCUCUGUCUGUCUGUCUGUCUGUGUAUCUAUCUCCUCUAGGUGGGCAGUAAGGUGGAGUAAUGUAUGUCUCUCUUUCUGUCUCUGUGAACCAGGUGGGCAGUAAGGUGGAGUUUAGUAAUGUCUGUCUCUCUUUCUGUCUCUCUGAACCAGGUGGGCAGUAAGGUGGAGUUUAGUAAUGUCUGUCUCUCUUUCUGUCCCUCUGAACCAGGUGGGCAGUAAGGUGGAGUUUAGUAAUGUCUGUCUGUCUGUCUGUCUCUCUGAACCAGGUGGGCAGUAAGGUGGAGUUUAGUAAUGUCUGUCUCUCUGUCUGUCUCUCUGAACCAGGUGGGCAGUAAGGUGAAGUUUAGUCAUGUCUGUCUCUCUGUCUGUCUCUCUGAACCAGGUGGGCAGUAAGGUGGAGUUUAGUAAUGUCUGUCUCUCUGUCUGUCUCUCUGAACCAGGUGGGCAGUAAGGUGGGGUUUAGUAAUGUCUGUCUCUCUUUCUGUCUCUCUGAACCAGGUGGGCAGUAAGGUGGAGUUUAGUAAUGUCUGUCUCUCUUUCUGUCUCUCUGAACCAGGUGGGCAGUAAGGUGGAGUUUAGCAAUGUCUGUCUCUCUUUCUGUCUCUCUGAACCAGGUGGGCAGUAAGGUGGAGUUCCAGUGCCAGCAGGGCCACCUACUCCAGGGUUCCACCACCCGACUCUGCCUGUCUGACCUGACCUGGAGCGGCUCUCAGCCAACAUGCAUCCGUGAGCUCUCCCUCUCUCUUCCUCUGUCUUCUUCCUCACCUUUCCUCUUCUAGUCUGUCUCUCUCCUCCCUUCACCUCUCCUCUCUCCUCUUCUCCCUCCACCUCUCCUCUCUCCUCUUCGCCCUCCACCUCUCCUCUUCUCCCUCCACCUCUCCUCUCUCCUCUUCUCCCUCCACCUCUCCUCUCUCAUCUUCUCCCUCCACCUCUCUUCUGUCCUGUUCUCCCUCCACCUCUCCUCUGUCCUGUUCUCCCUCCACCUCUCCUCUUCUCCCUCCACCUCUCCUCUCUCCUCUGUUCUUCCCUCCACCCUCUCCUCUUCUCCCUCCACCUCUCCUCUUCUCCCUCCACCUCUCCUCUUCUCGCUCCACCUCUCCUCUCUCAUCUUCUCCCUCCACCUCUCCUCUUCUCCCUCCACCUCUCCUCUCUCAUCUUCUCCCUCCACCUCUCCUCUCUCCUCUUCUCCCUCCACCUCUCCUCUCUCCUCUUCUCCCUUCACCUCUUCGUCCUGUCUGGUCCUGUCCUGUGUGGUCCUGUCCUGUGUGGUCCUGUCCUGUGUGGUCCUGUCCUGUGUGGUCCUGUCCUCUCUGGUCCUGUCCUGUGUGGUCCUGUGUGGUCCUGUCCUGUGUGGUCCUGUCCUGUGUGGUCCUGGCUAGUCCCAUUGUGGUUGAGGCUUGGAGAGUCAUUACAUGGUCCUGGUCCUCCCUCCUCCUCCCUAAUGUCCUCCUCCUACCUAUGUCUGUGUGUGAGCCGCACUGCAGCGGGAGACACAGCCUCAGCCACGCUCUCAUUUCAUCUACUCUCAGCAUCAUAUCAAAUCACAUAGUCAGUCCUUGGUCUGGACCAGCUCCCUAAAAACACCAUGAAGGUCCAAUUCACUGCUGUGACUGUCCAUUAAAACACCAUGAAGGGCCAAUUCACUGCUGUGACUCUGUUAUUAAAACACCAUGAAGGUCCAAUUCACUGCUGUGACUCUGUCAUUAAAACAUUUGUCUCUUUCAGAGCCUCUUUUAACUGUGUUUGUUUACAUGUUGUUGUUGAAACGAUUCAGCAUAUCUUUAACUCAUUGGUUUAGUAGAUUCAGGAUAUCUUCAACUCAUUAGUUUAGUAGAUUCAGGAUAUCUUCAACUCAUUAGUUUAGUAGAUUCAGGAUAUCUUCAACUCAUUAGUUUAGUAGAUUCAGGAUAUCUUCAACUCAUUAGUUUAGUAGAUUCAGGAUAUCUUUAACGCAUUAGUUUAGUAGAUUCAGGAUAUCUUUAACUCAUUUGUUUAUUCGAUUUAGGAUUUUUUUCAACUCAUUAGUUUAGUAGAUUCAGGAUGUCUUUAACUCAUUAUUUUAGUAGAUUCUGGAUGUCUUUAACUCAUUAUUUUAGUAGAUUCAGGAUAUCUUUAACGCAUUAGUUUAGUAGAUUCAGGGUAUCUUUAACUCAUUUGUUUAUUAGAUGUAGGAUAUUUUCAACUCAUUAGUUUAGUAGAUUCAGGAUGUCUUUAACUCAUUAGUUUAGUAGAUUCAGGAUAUCUUCAACUCAUUAGUUUAGUAGAUUCAGGAUAUCUUCAACUCAUUAGUUUAGUAGAUUCAGGAUGUAUUCAACUCAUUAGUUGUCACGCCCUGACUCUGGGGACUCUUAUUUGUUGAGUCAGGGUGUGAUUUUCUAUGUUGUAUUUUCUAUGUUUGUGAUCUAGGUUUUGUAGUUCUAUGUUUGGCCGGGUGUGUUUCCCAAUCAGAGGCAGCUGUCGCUCGUUGUCUCUGAUUGGGGAGCAUACUUAGGCAGCCUAUUGGCAAUUAGGUGUUGUGGGAUCUUGUUCCGUGUGAGGUUUGUUGUGUGUUACCUUUGGACGUCACGUUUCGUUGGUUUAUUGUUUUGUCUUGUCGUUGUUUAUUAAGUUUAAAAUAAACAUGUAUGCAUAUCACGCUGCGCCUUGGUCUGACCCGUCUAUGAACGAACGUGACAGAAGAUCCCACCAAACGAGGACCAAGCAGCGUGCCCAGGCGGAGAGAGUAGCCAUGUCACAGGUGGGCAAUUGGUGGUCAUGGGAGGAGAUAUUUGCGGGGAAAGGGCCAUGGGCGAAGAUAGAUGCCCAGGCAGGAGAGGAGCAACGGCAAUUUUGGGGGGGGCUAAAAGGGUGGUUGGCGGAGCCUAGUGUUAGAGCAGAGCCAACUCCCCGUACUCACGUGAGGAAGCGUGUGACUGGGCAGGCUCCGUGUUAUGCGGAGCUACGUACUGUGUCGCCAGUGUGCCGGCACAGUCCUGUACGUCCUGUGCUAGCACCACGCACGUGCCGUGCGAAGAUGGGCAUCCAGCCUGGAUGGGGUGUGCCGGCUCAACGCUCCUGGUCUCCAGUACGCCUCCUCGGUCCCACAUAUCCUGCGCCAGUUCUACGAGCUGUAUCGCCAGUGCGCGUGCACAGCCCAGUGCGUCCUGUGCCAGCGCCCCGCACGUGUAGUGCGAAAGUGGGCAGCCAGCCAGGACGAGUUGUGCCAGCUCUCCGCUCCAGACCUCCAGUCUGCCUUCACAGUCCGGUCCGGCCCGUUCCUGCUCCUCACACCAAGCCAGUGGUGCGCGUCGCCAGCCCGGCCCGGCCUGUUCCUGCUCCUCGCACCAAACCAGUGGUGCGUGUUCCCAGCCCGGCCCGGCCUGUUCCUGCUCCUCGCACCAAGCCAGUGGUGCGCGUCGCCAGCCUGGCCCGGCCUGUUCCUGCUCCUCGCACCAAGCCAGUGGUGCGCGUCGCCAGCCCGGCCCGGCCUGUUCCUGCUCCUCGCACCAAGCCAGUGGUGCGCGUCGCCAGCCCGGCCCGGCCUGUUCCUGCUCCUCGCACCAAGCCAGUGGUGCGCGUCGCCAGCCCGGCCCGGCCUGUUCCUGCUCCUCGCACCAAACCAGUGGUGCGUGUUCCCAGCCCGGCCCGGCCUGUUCCUGCUCCUCGCACCAAGCCAGUGGUGCAUGUUCCUAGUCCGGUUUGGCCCGUGCCUGCUCCUUGCACCAGACCAGUGGUGAGUGUGUCCAGUCCGGUACGGCCCGUGCCCGUUCCACCGGUGCCUGGUCCGGCACCAGUCAGCAGCUCCAGUCCGAAGCCAGAGUAGUCCGCUCCACCGGUGCCUGAUCCAGCUCCGGUCAGCUGCUCCAGUCCGGAGCCUGAGGAGUCCGCUACUGUCACGCCCUGACUCUGGGGACUCUUAUUUGUUGAGUCAGGGUGUGAUUUUCUAUGUUGUAUUUUCUAUGUUUGUGAUCUAGGUUUUGUAGUUCUAUGUUUGGCCGGGUGUGUUUCCCAAUCAGAGGCAGCUGUCGCUCGUUGUCUCUGAUUGGGGAGCAUACUUAGGCAGCCUAUUGGCAAUUAGGUGUUGUGGGAUCUUGUUCUGUGUGAGGUUUGUUGUGUGUUACCUUUGGACGUCACGUUUCGUUGGUUUAUUGUUUUGUCGUUGUUUAUUAAGUUUAAAAUAAACAUGUAUGCAUAUCACGCUGCGCCUUGGUCUGACCCGUCUAUGAACGAACGUGACAUUAGUUUAGUAGAUUCAGGAUAUCUUCAACUCAUUAGUUUAGUAGAUUCAGGGUAUCUUUAACUUAUUCGUUUAUUAGAUGUAGGAUUUUUUUCAACUCAUUAGUUUAGUAGAUUCAGGAUGUCUUUAACUCAUUAGUUUAGUAGAUUCAGGAUAUCUUCAACUCAUUAGUUUAGUAGAUUCAGGAUAUCUUCAACUCAUUAGUUUAGUAGAUUCAGGAUAUCUUCAACUCAUUAGUUUAGUAGAUUCAGGAUAUCUUCAAAGCAGUCUGGUAUUUUGUCAACACUGCAGCCAGUCUUUGUUCACAGUCCUAGUGGGGAGACUAUAUAUAACUGUGUCCCAAAUGGAUCCUUAUGGACCCUGGUAAAGUAGUGCACUAUAUAGGGCAUCUAUUUGGGAUACAGCCUAUCUACUGCUCUCUCAGUUGACCAACAGCUUGCUUUAGGCCAAACAAAGAAACCCUGAGACUCCUCCUAAUACAAACACUGUUGGACAUUUUCUCAUGAUUGCUUCAUUAUCAGGAUACACACACCAGGAAUCCCUGCCUCUCUGAGUCCAUGUACGCAAUACAUGCUGAUCUACCCCCAAACCAAUAUCCACAUGUAAUAUGUUGCCCUGAUCACGUCCCUGAUUAACUGCGUGUGUGUGUGUUCUCUCUCCAGCCCACUGGUGUAAGCAGCCCAAAUCCCCUCCCAAUGCAGACGUGGUUGGGAUGGACCUUGCUCUAUAUGGCUACACCCUGCUCUACUCCUGCCAGCCUGGUUUCAUCCUGUCUGGGGGGUCAGAACACAGGGUCUGCAGGUCUGAUGGAAGCUGGACCGGCAAGGUCCCCAUCUGCAGAGGUAGGGAAGUCAAGUCUAUCUGCUUUUAUACUAUGGUAUUGAUAUACGCUACCAGUCAAAAGUUUGGACACACCUACUCAUUCAAGGGUUUUUCUUUAUUUUUUUACUAUUUUUUACAUUGUAGAAUAAUAGUGAAGACAUCAACACUGUGAAAUAACACAUGUGGAAUCAUGUAGUAACCAAAAAGUGUUAAUCAAAAUAUAUUUUAUAUUUGAGAUUCUUCAAAUAGCCACCCUUUGCCUUGAUGACAGCUUUGCACACUCUUGGCAUUCUCUCAACCAGCUUCAUGAGGUAGUCACCUGGAAUGCAUUUCAAUUAACAGGUGUGCCUUCUUAAAAGUUAAUUUGUGGAAUUUCUUUCCUCCUUAAUGCGUUUCAGCCAAUCAGUUGUGUUGUGUUGUGACAAGGUAGGGGGGUAUACAGAAGAUAGCCCUAUUUGGUAAAAUACCAAGUCCAUAUUAUGACAAGAACAGCUCAAAUAAGCAAAGAGAAACGACAGUCCAUCAUUACUUUAAGACAUGAAGGUCAGUCAAUACGGAUAAUGUCAAGAACUUUGAAAAUUUCUUCAGGUGCAGUCGCAAAAACCAUCAAGCGCUAUGAUGAAACUGGCUCUCAUGAGGACCGCCACAGGAAUGGAAGACCCAGAGUUACCUCUGCUGUAGAGGAUAAGUUCAUUAGAGUUACCAGCCUCAGAAAUUGCAGCCCAGUCACAGACACAUGUCAACUGUUCAGAGGGGACUGUGUUAAUCAGGCCUUCAUGGUCGAAUUGCUGCAAAGAAACCACUACUAAAGGACACCAAUAAGAAGAAGAGACCUGCUUGGGCCAAGAAACACGAGCAAUGGACAUUAGACCAGUGGAAAUGUGUCCUUUGGUCUGGAGUCCAAAUUUGAGAUUUUUGGUUCUAACCGCCAUGUCUUUGUGAGACGCGUUGUGGGUGAAUGGAUUAUCUCUGCAUGUGUUGUUCCCACCGUAAAGCAUGGAGGAGGAGGUGUUAUGGUGUGGGGGUGCUCUGCUGGUGACACUGUCUGGGAUUUAUUUAUAAUUCAAGGCACACUUAAUCAGCAUGGCUACCACAACAUUCUUCAGCGAUACGCCAUCCAAUCUGGUUUGGGCUUAGUGGGACUAUCAUUUGUUUUUCAACAGGACAAUGACCCAACACACCUCCAGGCUGUGUAAGGGCUAUUUUACCAAGAAGGAGAGUGAUGGAGUGCUGCAUCAGAUGACCUGGCCUCCACAAUCUCCGACCUCAACCCAAUUGAGAUGGUUUGGGAUGAGUCGGACGGCAGAGUGAAGGAAAAGCAGCCAACAAGUGCUCAGUAUAUGUGGGAACUCCUUCAAGACUGUUGGAAAAGCAUUCCAGGUGAAGCUGGUUGAGAGAAUGCCAAGAGUAUGCAAAGCUGUCAUAAUUUGUUUAACACUUUUUUGGUUACUACAUGAUUCCAUAUGUUAUUUAAUAGUUUUGAUGUCUUCAAUAUUAUUAUACAAUGUAGAAAAUAGUAAAAAUAAAGAAAAACCCUUGAAUGAGUAGGUGUGUCCAAACUUUUGACUGGUACUGUAUGUUUCCAACACAACUUGACAGUCACUGAGAUGCAAUGCCAGUGAUGAGAACACACAAUAGAUAUCUAAAUGGGAAAGAUAAGUUCUGUAGAAAGCUGGUUAUGGCUGGUUAGAACUACUGGGUACUCAGGUAGAACUGCGUCCAGGUCACUGACAUCUACCUGUUUACCUACCUGCUUACACACUGACUAUGACAUUGAUCGUUCUGUGGUGACAGACUGUCAAAUGGAGUUAGCUGGCAGGACUUGGUUCUGGGUUCCGAGAUUAGACGUUGAUAUAAAUUGUUCUGAAACACUUCAAGGUGAUGGUUAUGGCAGAAAGAACAACUAAGGAUCCAAAACACAAUGUGAAAGCCCACACAACUUUUCAAAAGACUGACCUCGAAAACUAAGCUUUGAAUCAUGUCUACAUAUUUUCCACAGUGCCAUUGUAUCUCAGUGACUGUCAGGUUGUGUUGCAUUAGAAACUCUCUGCUCUGAGAGCUGAUGUAAAAUGUAUAGGCUAAGAACAGUGGGCAUCCUUCCUUCUGGAGUAUCACACACACACACACACACACACAUACACAGAGACACACACACAUACACACACUCACACACAGACACAGACACACACACACAGACACAGACACACACAUACACAGACACAGACACACAAACACACACACACAAACACACACAGACACACAUACACAGACACACACAAUACACAAACACACACACAGAUACACAGACAGACACACACAGACAGACACACACAGACACACACACACACAAACACAAACACACAAACAUAAACACACACACACACACACACAGAAUGUAUCUUCCCUGGAGGUUCUGCAACAUUAAGGAAAGGUACUAUGUUGGCAACACAGGGUUCUGCAACGUUAAGGAAAGGUACUGUGUUGGCAACACAGUCAGGCAGUGUUUAUUUUUGAUAACAUCAUGAUGGUGUUACUGCUGUGCUCUGAAUCAGGGCUAAUUUGUGAGAUACAUGCUUCUAUGUUUCUUUCCAGUGGGCUCCAAACUGACAGAGAAACCUACCAUACCCUUACAGGGAAUGCCAAGACCCAACAUACAUGGUAAGAAGAAUAAAGUAAUGUCUAAAGUAACUUUACAAGGGAUUGUUCCAUAGCUACUUAUGGUAGUUAUCUACACUGAGUAUACAAAACAUUAAGAACACCUGCUCUUUCCAUGACAGACUGACCAGGUGAAUCCAGGUGAAAGAUAUGAUCCCGUAUUGAUGUCACUUGUUAAAUUCACUUCAAUCAGUGUAGAUGAAGGGGAGGAGACAGGUUAAAGAAUGAUUUUUAAGCCUUGAGACAAUUGACACAUGGAUUGUGUGUGUGCCAUGCAGAGGGUGAAUGGGCAAGACAAAAUAUUUAAGUGCCUUUGAACGGGGUAUGGUAGUAGGUUCCAGGUUUGUGUCAAGAACUGCAACGCUGCUGGGUUUUUCACGCUCAACAGUUUCCCGUGUGUAUCAAGAAUGGUCCACCACAUCCCUGUGGAACGCGUUCGACACCUUGUAGAGUCCAUGUCCCAGUUAAUUGAGGCUGUUCUGACAUCAGACUCGACGAAUUGAGGCUGUUCUGAGUGCAGAACUUAAAAACAGCACAUUUUCUAUAUUAGCGGGUCGGGUCUCAGACUUUCACUCUAUCACAUACUGUAUAGUCGGGCGGUUGUGGAUGGGUUGUUAGCAAUUGCGGGCAGGUGCGGGUGAACAAACAGCUGACCCGUGCACCACUAGCAGCUAUUAUUACCGGGAAAACAUAUUAGAUGGAAAAACGACAAAUUAAAGAAAUAAUCAUUGUCCAUGUUUUAAAUGGCUCUAUAUAAUGAAUGAUCUGUAUUGCUGGCGUCUAUAAUGUCCUGUAUUCCAGUCCCUGAUGACGUCUUUGCCCCUGACUUCAUCUGGAGAGGCUCCUAUGAUUAUAAGGGUCAGAAACAACCAAUGAUUUUGACAAUCACCAGCUUUAAUAGCAGCUCAGGAAUAGUGAACGUGACGUUAAGCGACAGCAACUUGGAGUUCCUGCUGUCCGGUGAGUUAUUUAUCAUCAUUCCUUUUGUUGCUUUUUAGUUGUUGUUUUACAUGUUGUGGUUGUGUCUCACCAUAUUCAUCACUUACUGUCAGAAGUCUAAUUGGUUGAAAAUAGAUCUGUAGUAAUCUGUGCUGACUCUCUCCUCUCCUCUCCUCUAGGAGUGUAUAAGAACCGUGAGGCCAGGUUAAUGCUCCUGCUGUACCAUAUGAAAGCCCUGGCCCACAGCACGUAUAAUCAGGUUACAGAGGAGACCUGGGCUAUGGAUGGUUUUGUAAGUACCCUGGGGAGAGGCUGCCAACUCUAGUAUAACUGUGGAAUAACUGCAGUCUGUUACGUUCUAACACAGGAGUCUCUGUUUUCACCACGCUAAAGCUAACAAACAUCUGGAUUAAACAAAUCUGAUGUUGCAAAUUGUUUAUAUGUUUCAACUCUCUGUGAUAUUGUAUUGAACAGUUAGUAUAUGGACUAUGGGUAUCACCUCUCUUAGGCUUCCGUAACUUUGUUGCUUUAACUAUAUGUUAAAUAUCCAGAAGAAUUGCCUGACAAUCACCUAAAAUGAUUACAUUGGAAUAUAAGCCAACUUCUCUACAGUACUGAGAAAUUUAAAGGCCGGUAACACAGUAACAUUGUAGGACUUUACGGCAGACAGACAGUAACAUGGUUGGACUGUACGGCAGACAGACAGUAACAUGGUAGGACUGUACGGCAGACAGACCGCUUAUAAGGAGUUAUUGAAAGAAAACAUCAGUAACUCAGUUAGUUGAAAGAGAUGGGUUUUACAGUGGGGGAAAAAAAGUAUUUAGUCAGCCACCAAUUGUGCAAGUUCUCCCACUUAAAAAGAUGAGAGAGGCCUGUAAUUUUCAUCAUAGGUACACGUCAACUAUGACAGACAAAUUGAGAAAAUAAAAUCCAGAAAAUCACAUUGUAGGAUUUUUAAUGAAUUUAUUUGCAAAUUAUGGUGGAAAACAAGUAUUUGGUCACCUACAAACAAGCAAGAUUUCUGGCUCUCACAGACCUGUAACUUCUUCUUUAAGAGGCUCCUCUGUCCUCCACUCGUUACCUGUAUUAAUGGCACCUGUUUGAACUGGUUAUCAGUAUAAAAGACACCUGUCCACAACCUCAAACAGUCACACUCCAAACUCCACUAUGGCCAAGACCAAAGAGCUGUCAAAGGACACCAGAAACAAAAUUGUAGACCUGCACCAGGCUGGGAAGACUGAAUCUGCAAUAGGUAAGCAGCUUGGUUUGAAGAAAUCAACUGUGGGAGCAAUUAUUAGGAAAUGGAAGACAUACAAGACCACUGAUAAUCUCCCUUGAUCUGGGGCUCCACGCAAGAUCUCACCCCGUGGGGUCAAAAUGAUCACAAGAAUGGUGAGUAAAAAUCCCAGAACCACACGGGGGGACCUAGUGAAUGACCUGCAGAGAGCUGGGACCAAAGUAACAAAGCCUACCAUCAGUAACAUACUACGCCGCCAGGGACUCAAAUCCUGCAGUGCCAGACGUGUCCCCCUGCUUAAGCCAGUACAUGUCCAGGCCCGUCUGAAGUUUGCUAGAGUGCAUUUGGAUGAUCCAGAAGAGGAUUGGGAGAAUGUCAUAUGGUCAGAUGAAACCAAAAUAGAACUUUUUGGUAAAAACUCAACUCGUCGUGUUUGGAGGACAAAGAAUGCUGAGUUGCAUCCAAAGAACACCAUACCUACUGUGAAGCAUGGGGGUGGAAACAUCAUGCUUUGGGGCUGUUUUUCUGCAAAGGGACCAGGACGACUGAUCCGUGUAAAGGAAAGAAUGAAUGGGGCCAUGUAUCGUGAGAUUUUUAGUGAAAACCUCUUUCCAUCAGCAAGGGCAUUGAAGAUGAAACGUGGCUGGGUCUUUCAGCAUGACAAUGAUCCCAAACACACCGCCCGGGCAACGAAGGAGUGGCUUCGUAAGAAGCAUUUCAAGGUCCUGGAGUGGCCUAGGCAGUCUCCAGAUCUCAACCCCAUAGAAAAUCUUUGGAGGGAGUUGAAAGUCCGUGUUGCCCAGCGACAGCCCCAAAACAUCACUGCUCUAGAGGAGAUCUGCAUGGAGGAAUGGGCCAAAAUACCAGCAACAGUGUGUGAAAACCUUGUGAAGACUUACAGAAAACGUUUGACCUGUGUCAUUGCCAACAAAGGGUAUAUAACAAAGUAUUGAGAAACUUUUGUUAUUGACCAAAUACUUAUUUUCCACCAUAAUUUGCAAAUAAAUUCAUUACAAAUCCUACAAUGUGAUUUUCUGGAUUUUCUUUUUCUCAUUUUGUCUGUCAUAGUUGACGUGUACCUAUGAUGAAAAUUACAGGUCUCUCUCAUCUUUUUAAGUGGGAGAACCUGCACAAUUGGUGGCUGACUAAAUACUUUUUUUCCCCACUGUACAUGUCUGAACACAGUAGAAGUUCACUGUCUGUCUUUUAUCCCCUGUGAAAGGUCUCAGCUGAACCUGGUGGUGGCAGUUAUGUAUUCCAAGGCUUCAUACAGGGGAAAGACUAUGGACAGUUCGGACUGCAGAGACUAGGUACGCAGGAUUUAGAAGAGCUCAAUCUUAUCACAACAAUUACACAUUUGACAAUUGUAACCACCAACAUUGUGUCGCCAUCGUCCUCAUCCACCUCUUCCUCUUCCUCUUACCCUUCCUCUUCCUCUUCCUCUUCCUCCUCCUCCUCUUCCUGGUUUGUUCCCCAUGUAGGUAUGAAGGUGAGAGAGACGAACAUCACAACUCCAGGAACUCCUCAUGUCACCAACAGUAGCUUUGUCAUCAUAGCCAUCCUGGUACCUUUCUUUGGCCUCGUGUUGGCAGGCCUGGGAUUCUAUCUCUACAAACAACGGUACGUAGCUUUAGUAACCCAAUAAUAAUACAUGCCACUUAGCGGAAGCUUUUCUCCCACGCCACACAGUACAGUGAGUACUGUGAGCCACACAGGACCACAUCAUGUUAGUAUUGGUUCGGUUGUAUAAAGAGAAGCGGAACAUAUUUCAGUUUCACUGUUCAUAGAAAUGUUCUUGACACUGAGAAGUGGUUGAUGCUUAAAACAGCAGAUGUACAGUAGAUUGAUAGAGUAGUAUUGUCUCACUAACUGAUGUGUGUGCUGUGUCCUCUGUUCUGUAGGAAAACAGAUCAGACCCAGUACAGCGGAUGUUCAGUCCACGAGAACAACAACGGUCAGGCCACGUAUGAGAACCCCAUGUACGACACCAACACCAAGUCUGCAGAGGGGAAAGUGGUUCGCUUCGACCCCAACCUCAACACCGUAUGCACCGUG